AAAUUUCGAUCCGUUUUGGAUUAUUUCCUUUCAACUUUUCGCAUACAUUGUUCGACCUUCGAAACAUCCUCACGCAUUAACACGGUCAGUGAAACAGUAUAAAAUAGGUUGAUAAUCCUCAUAUCGAUCACAGUUCGUCUUCAGCAUUAUCUACAUUGCGAAACACAUUCUACUAUCAAAAUGAAGGGUGCCAUCGUUCUCCUGGUUGCCAGUUUGGCCGUUGCCGCUCAAGCAUCGUACCUGCCAACAGCUUGGCCACUGUCCGUUGGCUGGAACUCCUGGAAUGGAUUGGGCGGUUUGAACGCAUGGGAUAACCAUGGCAUCGCUGCUUACCCAUAUGCCAAAUCGUGGUCUGCUGGAUGGCCAGUUGCCUCUCAAUGGAACAACGGAUGGAACGGAUAUUAUGGUGGUGUGGACAAGCUGAACUCUUGGGGACUUCCAUGGGCUGGUUAUGGAGCCGGUGCUUACGGAUGGGGUCACCAUGGACUCGCCAAGACUGUGGUGCCAGUGGCGAAGCAGAUCGCUUCCACUCCCGGAUCGCUUCAUGUUGCCCCAGUCCCAAUCGGUGGGGAAAAAGUUGUUGGUUUAUAUUGAAUUGUGACGAAGAAAACA